ACAUAUUAUGUUGCCCCUUUUGCCCUAACCAGCCGAAACAACUCAAAAACAGCGAACCUGCAGCGAACGCUCAAGACGGCGGGCGACUCGGCGAGAGGGAAGGCUUCGUCAGUUCGUCACUUCGUCGCAGUUGAUUCGCGCAAGACGGCGAGAGGGAAGUUCCCUCAGGGAAGAGUCCGUUCCGACUUCAGUCUUUGAAGAUUCUUUCGUCACUUCGUAGAAAUAUCCCUCAGGGAAGAGUCCGUUCCGACUUCCAACGUCGUUCGUGAUUCGCGACUGCCUCCAGCAUCGGGAGAUCUAGAUGUUUAACCUGAUCUCAGCUAUUGAAGAGUUGAGUGGGAUCCCCUCUAAAGACAUUACUAAGUUGCUGAAAGAGACUGACACUUUCACCAUUCAAUUCAAUGAUUCAAGAGGAUGCUCUAGACAAAUUGAUAUAGAGGGCCUGGCUUCUUCUCUACCGUUGCACGUUAUUGCAGUACUCUUGUCAAAUGGUCGCGAAAAUUUUUUACAUUUGCUUCAGAGUAUUCGGCUUCUGUAUAGCUUUUCUGACCUUGCAACUCGUCAUUCCAGACUUGAGCAGAUUCUGCUUGACGAUGUAAAACUAUCUGAACAAGUGAUUGAUUUGGUGAUUUUCAUGUUGAUUGUUCUUGCUCAAUCUGAUCAGGACAAUUAUGUUGGAAGAUCCCUACCCGUUAUACAUGCUGCUCUUGUUGCUUGUAGUUUUCAUCUCUUAACAGGUUAUAUCUCAUCACAAUGGCAAGAUAUUGCUAAUGUUAUGCUUGCUCAUCCUAAGGUUGAUAUAUUUAUGGAUGUAGCGUUUGAUUCUGUGCAAGCGACUUUUAGGCUAUUGCAUAUGGAGUUGUCCAUGCUAAAUCAUAAUGUCUUAUGCAACUCGUCAAGUCUUUGUAUUGCUGAGAAAACUGCCAAUUUCAUCUUCCAGCAAUGUGAGGCAUCAUUGCACUAUCUUCUUUCCUUGUGCCAGCAAAAACUAUUCAGAGAUCGUCUGCUUAAAAAUAAGGAGCUGUGUAAAAAUGGAGGUAUUCUCUCUCUUACUUGUAACAUUCUGAAGUUAAUUAUUCCAGAGUGUUUUAAGGAGUCUCUUGAUGUUGUGGCUGCUAUCUCUAGAUUGAAAUCACGAAUACUAUCCAUUUUACUGCAACUCUGUGAAGCUGAAAAUUUCUCGUACCUUGAUGAGGUUGCUGGUAGCCAAAAGAGCUUGCAUCUGGCAAAAUCAAUAACAAUACAGAUACUUGAUAUUCUGAAGGUUGGAUUCAAGAGAGAAGCCGUACAAGCUGGUGAUUCUGUUGACAGGAGAUAUCCAAAGGGCUUCUUACUACUUAAUUCACUGCGUUUAGCUGAUAUCUUUUCUGAUGAUUCCAAUUUUCGAUCUUUUUUUAUGGCAAAUGCUAUUCAUGUUCUUAAUGAAAUUUUGGCAGUUCCUCACCAAGUCUUUCUAUCAAAUUGGUGUACUGUUGAUGUUCAUUUGUCUGAAGAAGAUGGUAAUCUGGAGUAUGAUCCAUUUAUUGCAGCUAGUUUGGCAUUGAUUUUUCAGAGUGGUAGUCCUGAAAGCAUUCUAUCAUCAGCUUCUUUAUCAAGUGAAAUUAACUUCUCUUACCAUAGUAACUUCAAUGGUAUUCACUUAGUUACUUAUGGACAGCAGAGAACAUCUUAUUUAAUCAAGAUAGUGGCAAAUCUUCACUGCUUUGUACCUAGUUUUUGCGAAGAAGAAGAACGAAAUUUGUUUCUCAAGAAGUUUCAUGAAUGUUUGCUUAUGGAGACCAGUGACUCAUCCUUAAUGCAUCCGGGGGAUGUUAACACCCAUAAAGCUGCUACAAUUUGUGAAAACUUAAGUUCCUUGUCAAAUUAUGCAGCAUCUUUGAUUCCAAACAUGCUGAAUGAUGAAGAUGUGCAACUCUUGAGGCAUCAAUGCAAACUGGGAAGGUGGGAAAUUAACUUGAAGAUAACCAAUCCUAUUGCAGCAAUCUUUGCCCAACCUUGGGACGCUCAGAAUGGAGGUAGGCAGGCCUUAUCUAUUGUCCAAAAGCUGAACCCAAGUCCUGAUGAUGUUUCAGACAAUAAAAGGAAAUUUUUUGCUAGAUCAGAGUUUGCAAAAGAAGCUGUUUUCCAAGAAGAGGAGAAAGCUGAAGGAGUUCAUAGUGAAGAGAAGCAACCAAGAAAGAGAAAACGUAAUAUCAUGAAUGAAAGGCAGAUAUCUCUAAUUGAGAAUGCACUACUUGGAGAGCCUGAGAUGCAGCGGAAUGCUGCUAUGUUACAGUCAUGGGCAGAAAAGCUUUGUUCACAGGGAUCAGAGAUUACAGCUUCUCAGCUAAAGAAUUGGUUAAACAACCGGAAGGCUAGGCUUGCUCGAGCCGCCCGGGAAGCUAGAGCCCCCUCUGAAGGGGAGAACACCUAUGACAGUGCUGGGGAAGAACCACACACAUCUGUAAUCAUUCGAGGAUCUGGAAAUCAACCUGAUACUCAUUUUGAAUCCCGUUUAUCUGAACCAGGUAUAAGCUUUGUUGUUGUGGGACUACCAAGAGAAGGUGGCCUUAUAGGGGAGGGAGCUCUAGGUGAAAGGGAAGUGACCAGAGAAGAGUGAUGGUCGACAUGGGCUUUGUUGAGACUUCCAAGCUCAAAUAACGACGCAAAGGUGCAGCAUUUCUCGUGUCUUCAGGCGAAAAGCAUGGGGUGGAGUUGCAGCAGGCUAUUAGAAGUGUUAGUGAACCAAUGUGUUCGACAAAUAGUUUAUUAUGGUUUGAGUGUUGUUUAUGCUCAUUGAAGUAGUUGAUUGUAUAGGUUUGAAAAUGUUUUUUUUUUUUUGGUUAUGUUUGUUUGUGAACACUUCUUAUUUAUUUGUUGUUUAAGAAAUAUUUAAAUAGAGUUUGAUAAAAAAA